AGCAAGUUUAUUUCUGCAACUAGAGUUCAUAUUGCGCACUCUGUUGGGCCGUUAGUUGAAAUUGAAUUGAUGAUCAACCCACAAUCACGACAGACGUCCACCAUCUUUGAUUUCGUUCAAAUCAUUCAAUUUCAAAUUGUGUACGUUACGAUUUAUAGAGAAAUCAUGAUGGAACGUUUGAACGAGGUCUUGCCGCAUGUUCAAGCCAGCGAAGUCAGGUUGUCGUACGUGGAAGAAUUGUUUCCGGAUCUCAAGGAUCAUCCGUAUAUCGUCCUUCACAAAAAUGUGCCCGGUAUACCACAAUCCGCAGGUUACAAAGAAAAUAGAGAGAAGAAUUUCGCAAGUAAAGAAGAUUACUUUGCAAAACAUGAUGUCUCUGGCUCACCUUUGGAAUAUUCAUUCGGCAGUUGCAAGUUCGACGACACAGUCAUCAUCACGAGAAACAGUUGGCGAAAAGAAGAGGAGUCGUACUUGCCAUUGAGUAUAAAUGAUGCAUGCAAUGCAUUGAACAUAUAUCUUGAAUAUUCUGAAGACAAUACUUUGCCAGUGUUGGCUCUUUGUGAUGGAAAAGAUUCUAAACAAAGUAGGCUUAUUGGCAGCAUUAUCCGUGAUAAUUGUUUUAUUACAUUAAGAGCAGUCUCUAUCGGUAUAAUACCUCAAGCAAGGAGUAAAUAUCAUGAAAUUGUACAGGAGCAUCUUAAGCGUUCAGGUGCACAAGAGCAUGAUAUUAAAAUGUCCAUGCUCAAUAACUUUGACUUAUUUGGUGUUAAACAAGAAAGGAUUGAUUGGGAUAAAGUCGCCAGGAGUGAUUUUGAAGGAAAUAUUGGCAUUGAAAUACAUUCAAAUAACUUGGUAUUAAAUCCAAGAUUAUCCAAGAAUAUACUGAUAGUUCAAGCGAAUGCUGGCUGGAAAGACAGUCCUUUGAAGGAGCAACGGUCUCAAUUACUCUUGUUGACCCACUAUUUAUUAAUAAUAGAUGAGUAUAAGAAGAACAUUGCACUGCAAAACUCGAUAAAAUUUAUAACACCAUACUUAGAGGAACACAACGUCAUAGUUGAAAAAUUGAAUUUUUUGUUAAAUGGUGAUGUCAGUUUUCAAAAAUCCAAUAACAACAAUAUCAAGGAAAUCGAUAGAAAAAAGCAAAGUGUUAAAAUCGACGCAAAGCUGUCGGAACGCGUACAAAACAUGUCCUCGAGGUACGACAUGGAUUUCACCGAUCACUUAUGGGAGAUACUUAUAGCAACUUCGGAGUAUCCGCAGAUGAUAAGCUACAUCGAAAUGAUUCUGAGAGAGAUUUUUGAGCACAGAUUUAUACCGCAGGCCAACGAUACAAAUUCGACGAGAAUAAUCAAACUUGCCUCUGAUAUGCGCGGCCACGAGAUAACGUCAUUCAUUAGUCGUCUAUUGCUAGGCAGCGCACCAUUAGAACUUGUUGUGGACGCGGGCUUUGAGAAGCUUGCCCGAGAUUAUUUGUACAUUCUGAGAGGAGCGCGACUCGUCGAUUUGUACGACGUUCGACAAAAGUUGGCCAAUGUGUCGUCCGGGACUUUCAGCACGGAGAAUUACAGAAAGAAGUUGCUCACGUUGGCACAAAUUCACAUCAGUUUGGAAUGCAUGCUGCUUAUUGAGACGCAUCUGGAGUGCUCAGUCGAGAGUUUGCAGAGCAUGUUCGUUCACGCGUACAAGGAGUUUCUCUCCGAACUUUCGUCCCCGCUACGGCAUCACGCCGAACUUUGCGGCAGAGUUUACACAUUGACGGUGCCGCUCUCGGGCGCGAUAGCCGACGAGUUAAAUAUUUUAAAGACGAAUCCUACUGUGUGGAGAGCCACCCUCUCGUCUCAGUCCGCCGCAUCGACGCUAAGUACUACCACGUAUUACAGCAAAAUGCCUAUUUUUCCAACGAACAUUUAUCCUAUAGAUGACAAGAAUGCACAGGAGGAGAUGGUUCACGGUAUAAGCGCUACAUCAUCCGCGGCGAAAUAUAAAAAGUUGUGAGAUACACGUGACAUAAUCAUGCGCACAGAGCCGAAACAAAACGAAACAUCAAACUUGGUGCUUUACGAAUGAACGGGACAUAGUGCGAGGU